UGGUAUUUGAUCUCAAUUCCUUAUUUUUCUUCCCUCAAGUUUCUUCCCUCAGUUUAGGGCAGCUACAUCGUUUGUCAUGGCUGCUAACACCACGGCACCUCCCCCAGGCUGUGGCGACAUUGACCCUGAUUAUUAUUACCUCUGUGACAUCUGCGAAGCCUGGGGCAUCGGUCUGGAGACGGUGGCUGCUGCAGGCAUCCUGGUCUCGCUGGCGCUGCUGCUGGCAUUCUUCGUCCUUAGCUGCAUGGUCAAAGACAAGACCAAGCAAAGCAUGGUCCCCAUUCAGCUCCUCUUCCUUCUGGGCACCCUGGGAAUCUUCAGCCUCACCUUUGUGUUCAUCAUCCGGCUCAAUAAGCAGACUGGCCCUGCUCGCUUCAUCUUACACGGGGUCCUCUUUGCCCUCUGCUUCUGCUGCCUUCUAACCCAUGCUUUCAACCUCGUCAGGCUGGUGAGAGGAAAGGCACCCUUUUCACUACGGUCAAUGCUGGUAUACACUUUGGGCCUCACUGUGGUUCAGUUGAUCAUCGCCGUCAAGUACAUCCUCAUCACAGUCGGAAGAGACGGCAUCGAUUUGGAGAGGAUGGGGAGAGAACAACGCAACAAGGACUUUGUCAUGCUCUCGACCUAUGUGCUCGUCCUCAUGGGCCUCACCUUUGUGGUCUCCAUGUUCACCUUCUGCGGACCGUGCAAGGGCUGGAAGAGGCAUGGGAUGCACAUCUUUCUCACCGUUCUCUUCUCUAAAGCCAUCUGGGCUGCGUGGAUCUCAGUGCUGUUCAUCAGUGGCUUCCCUGGCGAUGGUACCCAAAGCAAGUGGGAUGACCCACUCAUUGGUGUUGCUUUGGUGCUGAACGGAUGGGUUUUCCUGAUGAUGUACACAGUGCCUGAGAUCUGUUUUCUUGCUACCCCAUGCCAGACUCCAGAAAAAAAUCCCCGGAAGACCACAACCACGCAACAGAGCAUUGAAGCAGCAAGUACUCAAGCCCCAGACAAAGAAGGAGCUGAGGAAGAUGUUUUGCUCCUCACAGAUGAGAACCGCUUUCAGUCAAAGAUCUUUGGAUCCAAACUAUGUUUCCAGAUCCCUCGAGCAACCCUGCAGCCGGCAUACAGGCCAAGUGUGGCGGCGUGUGCUGAAGCCAAGGAACCGAGAGCAGACAUCCAUUGA